UUCACAACAAGAAUCACAACCUCAUCAGUACAGCGAAGGGAAGUUCUUGGCAUAAUCCCGACUAUUUGUCCGGGUCAGAACUCCAUGAUGCAUUCCAGCCAAUGCACUUCGACGUCUACCCCUCCCUCGUUGGAUUAAGCGCCCGUGGUGGUAUUUCUGGCCUUCCGUCGACCAACAUCUUUGCUGUUUGCUUGAAAUUUUCAGGGUCCAUGGGAUCCCCGAUUCUUUGUAACCUUUCCAUGCCCUGAAAGCAGGAAUACCUAGGCAGGUACCUGUGCUGUGAUAAGAUCACGUGUAUCACCCGUGACUUUACUCUUUUUCGAUGUCCAUCACUAGGUAGAAGUUGACAAUGUUAGGCAGGCACAUGAUUAGGGGACUUUUCUGGCGCAAUCAGCCAUCGAGCCUAAAGCUGCUUAACGGCUUGAUCACGGCAAACCUGGCUGGGUCAGAGUCGAAGCAUGUGGAUGCUUUUCAGUCUUCCCCAAAGCGCGGGGUAAUUCACCGAAGAUCCCCCACCUGAGCCGUCCCUGCCUCGCUUUGGCGCGCACAGUCUCCAUUCUUCUUCAUCAGAAGAGCGGGAAGAAUGAUACAAAUAUUCAUUAAUCAGUCGCGGGCCGACAGGCAGAUUCAAUAUCCUCCACAUUUAACCGAUCUCUCCAACUUUUGAUCUGUGAAGAGAUUUUGAGUUGUUUGUAUUUUCGCAGCUCUCCGAACCUGGACACAUCAUGCCAUUUUCCUUCCAAGAUAUUCCAGCAUUCAAAAGCAAGCCACAUAUUAUCGUACUGACAGAUAUUUGCAACGAGCCCGACGAUGCAGAGUCUCUCACGCGGUUUUUGCUUUAUGCCAAUGAGUUCCACGUCGAUGGACUCGUUGCUACAACCUCUUUUUGGCAACAGAACUCAACACACAAAGAGCAGAUCCAUCAGAUCCUCAAUGCUUAUGCAUCCGUUGAGGCACACCUGAAUGUUCAUGUUCCUCCUACUCGUCAGUACCCGGCAACUGAUACGCUGCGCCAGUUGGUUCGUGAGGGGAUCUCAGAAUACGGAAUGACCGGAGCACGUGGGCCACUGAACGAAGGCACGGAGCUCCUCAUCUCAGCUGUGGACGCAAUAACUGAGAUAGAGGGUCACAUUUGGAUUCUGAUCUGGGGUGGUGCCAAUGUUCUUGCCCAAGCUCUUCUCGAAGUACAAAAAUCGAGAUCAGAAGCUGAAGUUGCAGAAUUUACAGCCAAGCUUCGAGUGUAUGCCAUUUCAGACCAAGACGACGCUGGCCCUUGGAUCAGGUUAAAUUUCCCCGGGAUAUUCUACAUCGCCUCUGUUCAUGGUUGGAAUGCCUAUGGUCUCGCUGCAUGGACGGGUAUUUCUGGAGAAACAUAUUAUCAUUUCAACCCAGGAGGACCGGAUACCAGUCUCGUUACAUCAGAAUGGCUGAAGAAGUACAUACAGAUUGGCCCUUAUGGCAAAGAAGCAUACCCAAAUCCAGUCUUUAUUCCCGAAGGCGAUACUCCGACCUUUCUAAGUCUCAUCCAAAAUGGACUUACAGAUCCCUGUCAGCCUGAAUGGGGUGGGUGGGGAGGUCGGUAUAACCUCUCUGAUCUCACUGGUAUGAGUGGAAAUAGACACUACGGUGAUGUUGCUGAUUUGGUUCGUGGUCAGGAUGGAAACAUGCACAUCGGAAGUCAGGCGACAAUUUGGCGUUGGAGGCAUGCAUACCAAGGUGACUUUGCAGCACGUAUGCAAUGGACACUCAGCAAUGAAUUCAAGAACGCAAAUCACGCUCCCGUCGUGGUUCUUAACGGAGACUCAGGACUCGAUGCUUUGCACAUCAAGGCUGGGUUUGGCCAAAAAGUCUACCUCGAUGCUUCGCAGAGUUGGGAUCCAGAUUCUUCUGAUUCCCUGAGCUUUAAGUGGCUACAUUAUAGGGAACCAUCCGCCACGCAGUGGACAGUCGGCUUUCAGGUACCAGAGCUUCAACUCCAAGAUGAAUCUAGUGGGAAGAGGAAGUUUGAAAAGAUCUCUGUUCAAAUUCCGGGCAGGGACGAAGGAAUUGCAUUCCCAUUGAACCCAGAGAAAGUGCACAGAUGGGGAGCACAAACAUAUCAUCUGAUCCUAGAGGUAGUGGAUGAUGCAAUAUUUCCGAUGCGAGCGUACAGGAGAGUGUUGAUAGAAGUAGCGGAUCAAGUACCUGAAAAAAAUGGAACCGUUCCUGGUUAGCGCCGCCAGCAAUCAAUAACAACAUCUAUUUAAAGUUCUGUUGUUCAUGAUACUAUAGAUUCUGAGUGCUAUUUGUUGCUAUCUAUGCCUGACAUAACACAACUAUACUACCUUAGUCCAGGUAAUGUGUCAUGUAAAAGGUCAAAACCGGCUCGUUCCUUCAAGCAAGCCUCCCAUUACCCAGCCAAUUUCGUCUCUGGAAAGUCCAACAUGGCAUGCUGUGCAGAUUUGCGGUAUCUGUUUCGCCAACAAUGCCUCCUGGUCCCAUGACCCGAUGAUCCUGGCAGUACUAUUUUACGCCGGAAAACUCAUUACUUAUCAUGAGCAGAGGAAGGAGUUCUUGGAAGGCUUGUAAUCGCUCGUGACAAACAGUGAUUUUCCCGAUGAACGACGCUGUUGAUGAGAUGAUGGCAUUCUGGACAUUGGACAGUGGGGGAGCCAAGCGUAGAACGAAAAAAUGUGCUCAGCGAAGCGAACCAAUGUGUAAUUUGAAGGUCAGGUCGUCGGGAAACUGGGUGACAAGUUGGCUCAGACCUUCUUUGAUUUGAGAAGCUGUUGUUGUGCUACAGUGGGCAGAUUAAGGGGUUCGGCUCCAUAAGCG